GAAUUAUAUUCCUGAACGAAUCGCAUCGCAAUUUAGACGUAUGCCACAAAACGUCAUCGAUUAUUUUUCUAAAAAAAAUGUAAUAGGUUAGAAAAUGUGCGAUCGUAAAUAUUUGGUUUAAAUUAGGUUUUUGUUUUGAGAUAAUAAAACAGUCAAAAUGCUUUAUGACGACUUUAAACCUAUUGUGGAUUUAGUUCUUAACAACUGGACUGCCCUUCAACUUGCUGUUGAACAUGGAAUGGGCGCUCCCGGCGGUGAAAAGACAGCGCAGCUAAUGUCAGUGUACAUAGCAAGGUACUGCGUGGAAAAUGUAGUGGAUAAAGAUGAACUGGCUGAAGUUAUAGAGGAUCUGAUGGACGAGGAGUUUGAUACAGUGUGCCAUGAUAACUCACCUAAAGAGGUGGCAACACUACUCCUUUUAUAUCUUGAACUCCUAAAAGAUGGCAGACAUGACGAAUUGAGAGCAAGAAUUGAAGCCAUGCCAAAAUGUCAGAAGUGGCUUAGUCAGCCCAUACAUGAAUCUGUACCUCCACAAUGUCACGGCAACCCUGAUGACGACACAACAAGCAGCAGUGAUGAAGGUGAACCAGAGAAUGCAAUGAAUGGUGAUGAAGCAUCAUCUUCCAAUCCUCGUCAAGAGUCGGAACCAAUGGACGAGGAUGUGGAACCAGGGUGGACAGUUGUCAGGACACGAAGGAAGAAAUAAGACUAUGAAAACUAGCUAAUUAGUAAUGUGUUAUCUGGUUUCAGAUAUUAUCUAUGGUGGUUUUCCUGUAAUAUUGCUAUAUUUACCCCCAAAAUAUGGUAUAAAAGUACUAAAGUUACAAAUACUUGAUAUUGUCAUAUCACUGAUGAAAUAAAUCAUGGUGAAAAUGUUAAGUUUCUUGUAUAAAUGUUAGAUUGGUAAAUUAUAUAUAUAAUUUCCUAUUUUUUUUUUUAUUAAAUAGAUAUUGUAUGAAACCAGAUAAUCCAUGUAAGUUUAAUAUAUGAAAUGAGUAUGAUUACUUGCACUUGCACAGUAAAUGGGAAUACAGUAGUGAAAUGAUUUCUCACUGAGUUGAAUGUAAUCACCAUGCUUAGUGAGUGUUGCAGUGAAGAUGUACUAAGUAGGCAAAAUUGAGUUGAACUUUUAGUAGCAUUUUCUUCUCUUUUAAAUUUCUAUCAUAAUUAGCUGUGUUUCGAUGUACCCCAUAUUAAAUAACUGUGUAGUGCUCCAAGUAUCAAAAUGAUAUUUUCUAAGUGUGUAGAAUGUAUGGAUGGUUGUUGUGUUGACAAUGUAUUUGUAUUUUUGUCGAAUUAAAACUAUUUUGAUGUUUC